GGCGGAGCUGAGCGCAGGGGGCGGGGGCGGGGGCGGGCGGGGGCGGGGCGAGGCGGCGGGCGGAAGUGCAGGCGACGGCGGGGCGCAGACACCAUGACGCCUGCGAGAGCUCCGAACUCACUGGCAGGCCAGACCUACGCAGUGCCGCUGAUUCAGCCCGACCUGCGGCGUGAGGAGGCCAUGGAGCAGGUGGCGGAUGCCCUGCAGUACCUGCAGACAGUCUCUGGGGACAUCUUUAGCAGGAUCUCCCAGCGGGUGGAGCUCAGCCGGCGCCAGCUGCAGGCCAUUGGGGAGAGGGUGUCCCUAGCACAGGCCAAGAUUGAGAAGAUCAAGGGUAGCAAGAAGGCCAUCAAGGUGUUCUCCAGCGCCAAGUACCCAGCCCCCGAGCGCCUCCGGGAGUACGGCUCCAUCUUCACAGGUGCACAGGACCCGGGCUUGCAGAGGCCCCGACGCCGCAUCCAGAGCAAACACCGGCCCCUGGAUGAGCGGGCCCGGCAGGAAAAGCUGAAGUAUUUUCCCGUGUGUGUGAGCACCAGGCUGGAGCCCGAGGCUGAGGCGGAGGAGGGACUGGGCGGCCUCCCCAGCAACGUGCAUUCCGUCAGCUCCUUGCUGCUAUUCAACACCACUGAGAACCUGUACAAGAAGUAUGUUUUCCUGGACCCGUUGGCCGGGGCCGUGACCAAGACUCACAUGGCACUGAGCACGGAGCCUGAGGAGAAGCUGUUCGAUGCACCCUUGUCCAUUAGCAAGCGGGAGCAACUGGACCAGCAGGUCCCUGAGAACUACUUCUAUGUGCCCGACCUGGGCCAGGUGCCUGAGAUCGACGUACCCUCCUACCUGCCCGACCUGCCUGGGGUGGCCGCCGAUCUCACCUACAGUGCCGACUUGGGCCCUGGCAUUGCACCCUCGGGUCCCGGUGCCAUCCCCGAGCUACCCGCCUUCCACACGGAGCUGGCCGAGCCACUCAGCGCAGAUCUAGAGAAUGGGGUGCUCGCAGCGCCCCCACCUCCGCCACCACCACCUCCGCCACCAGCUCCAGCUGUGCUGGUCAACGCACCCCCUCCCCCACCCAUGCCCCAGAGUGCAGCCCCUCCAGGCCUCGGCGCCCGCGGAGACAACAGUGGGGGUACAUCUCCCACAGCACCCGUCCAGGGAGCGCCCAAGGAGGUGGUUGAACCAUCUAGCGGCCGGGCCACGCUGCUGGAGUCCAUCCGCCAGGCUGGGGGCAUUGGCAAGGCCAAGCUGCGCAGCGUGAAGGAGCGCAAGCUGGAGAAGAAAAAGCAGAAGGAGCAGGAGCAGGUGAGGGCCACCAGCCAAGGUGGGGACCUGAUGUCAGACCUCUUCAACAAGUUGGCCAUGAGGCGCAAAGGCAUCUCGGGGAAAGGACCUGGGGCCGGGACCAGCGAGGGGCCCGGGGGAGCCUUCGCCCGCAUGUCAGACACCAUCCCACCACUGCCACCCCCACAGCAGCCCCCCGGAGAGGAUGAGGACGACUGGGAGUCCUAGCCCCCCCCCCCCAAACACACACACACACACACACACACACACACACACACACACACGCGCGCGCGCGCGCAUGCGCGCGCGCGCAGCAGCAAUGGCUGAGCCAGAAGCAGGAGCUCCCUCAGGCACAACAGCCCAGAUGGGGGCACAGGAGGGGUUGGGGCCUCUCCCUGAAGAGACUUUGAGAGGAGACGGUUCUGGAAUCAAUAAAGAGACUGAGUGAGCCA